GUGAGUGAAGUGGUACUGUUUUGUACAUGAUUAUCAUGAGGGCCCUUCAGAAGAGCAGAGAGCUGAAUGCAGUGAGCACAGAACCUCAGGAACUGGGAUACAAAUCUAGAAAUUAUAAGCCUGUCCAUGAAAGCCAGGGGAAUGAUGAAAAUACUAUGAGAAAAAGUGAAGAAAGGAAAGAGAAGAGGUCCAAGGAAGGAGACCUGGAACUACCCAACCUUCGAUUCGAUCAGGAAGAAGAGAAGAAUCCAGCAGAACAUGCUGAUCGCUGGAAAGGAAGUCUUCCCUCCUUCCCCUGCACCAGGAGAGGAGCUAUUCCGGAAAUCAGUGAAGUGUUUGAGGGGGAGAGAGGGAUCACCUUUGUCAACUGCUGUGAGACUUGGAAAAAUAAGGACUGGGAAGAAAGCAAUAGAAACUUUGAAAGCCAUUGAUUAUCUUGACAAGAGUAGUUUCUGUGAGGGUGGUGAGAACUGGAGCGUGAUUGGAUGGGUUCAAGAGAGAAUGGGGAGUUCUAGCCAAGAAGGCUGAUGAGGAUGAGUCAAAUUAAAAAUGUUUUCUUUUUAUGAACCCUCUCAUAUUUACUGUUACAACGGAUAUAUUGGAUCUCCAUUCUGCCACAUUACUUUAUAUUAAUGUGUAUUAUAUCUUCUGUG